AAAUGAGACUAAAUUGUUAGCAUUGUAAAAUUUCAAAAUUUCAAGUGAUUUCACCACAAUCAGUAAACCCAAUUUAUCGAAACAUUAUUUGUUUAAUACCAGGAAACCCAGGAUUUAAUGAUGAUAAAAAAAUCUGCUGCUGGCGGAAAGGACACAAUUAAUUUACACCACCACGCAAGGAAAAAGAAACUGUCCUCAAAAUAAAACGAUGAAAUCCGCAACAAAAUCCUCUGAUCAUGAAGUUUCACAAUCCAGCUACUCACCUCGAAGAACAUGCCCAUGUAGAAGUUCUACGCGGUCGUCUGCAAAAAUUCAUCGAGCUAAAAGUGCCAAUGGUUCUACCCAUGCCCCUUAUGCAUAUGGUAAAAUUGAAAUGCGUAGCCCAACAAGAAAUGCGAAAAUUCAAAUUUGCUCAACCAUAACAAAAACACCCUCAAGUUAUCAAAAUGUCUGUACUUUUGCUUCAGCUGAAAGUUCUGCCAAAUUGGAUAAGUUUUCUAAAAGCCUUAUGGAAACGGACAAAGUUGUUAAUGAACUGAAAGAUGAAAUUGUACAACUGCAACAUCAGCUGCAUCACGUUUUGCAAAAUCAAAUGAGGUCGUCAGGACCAAAGAUAGAAAUACCUUGCCCAAUAAAAGGGCCAUCAGUACCAGUUGAAUAUGCUAAUUAUUCAAACAUGAAAGAAUGUGAAAGGCUGAAGCGAGAAAUUGAUUGGCUAAACCGUGAAAAGGAAGCUGUGGAAGCCGAUAAAAGAAUGUUAAAAAAAUCCUGGAAUGACUUGUCAGACGCCAGAGCCAUCGUUUCUAAAUAUGAUAAGAAAGUUGACCUCCUAAAUACUGAGGUUCAUAAGACAUUGAAAGCCGUGGAGUUAGAGAGAAAAAUGUUUUGCGAAUGUAUUAAAGCAAAAGACGAAAAAAUCAGGUCUUUACAAGAGUCGCAUCUGAAAAUGGCAGGAAUGUUAGAGGAACAAAAUAGUAUUAUCAACAAUAAAGAAAUGGAGAGAGACAUGUUGUAUGUAAAUCGUACGAUUUUUAAAGAAAAUAAUGACUAUCUGAAACAGAGUAUUGUUUCAUUAAGACAUACUCUUCUAGAUUCUACAGUUGAAGUACUAACACAAAAAGGGAAUAAUAAGCAGUUGAAAAAAGAUCUUUCAGAUGCUAAUAUUGUAUGUAUGAAAUUAGUUUCAAAAACUAAAAAAGAAAAAAAAACAUAUCAAUCCCGAAUUAAAAGUAUUGAAGACGAACUAAAAGAAUCAGCGUCAAAAAUAGACCAGCUAACUGAAAAAUUAUACAAAGCUAACCAAGAAAAAAAUGGCCUGAAAAAUAAAUAUCAAGAAUUGCAAUCAACUAUCCAUCGAUACGAACGUGUUGGAAGUUCAUUUAAACAAUUAGAAUGCGAUUGCAAAAUUGAACAUGAAACUAUGUCAGACAUUCUGAAAAUGUACGAUAAAGAAAAACAAGAUAUGAAAAAACUUAUUGAAGAACUUCAUGGUGUUGUUGAACAAAAAAAUAUCACCUUAGAACGAAUUACAAAAAUUAAUAAGGAACAGGAAAGUUUAAUUAAAGAACAACAAGUAAAAGUUACAGAAUAUGAAACUGAUGGGUAGUUGCUGUUACUUAAUUUCAAUAAUUAUAACUCUUGC